GAUUCCUCGCGCUUACAGACUUCCCGGGGAGCUGAAGCUGUGCAGCUUUGGAUGGAGCUCACGAGGUUAACAAAGACGGCCUGACUCUGCCGCGGGAUAGCUCGCUGUCAGACAAUGUCGCGGCGUGCGGAGGGGCGAAGGUCAACGCUUUCUCUCGCCCGCUAACGAAGGCAUGUGGCAUUUCAACGGCAGCGUCAUCUGACGGACGAGCGGCUCCUUCUCUCUCGGCGCAGAGGAAGCCCUGCAGCGCCUCCCCGCCAGCGCUCCCCAUCGCAGAGCGGCUUCGGACCGGCCGACCCGAUGGCGGCGGACGACACGGUGGGAGGCGAGGACCAGCUGGAGCGCGACAGGAAGACGGACGCGGAGGUUCCUCCGUCCGAGGAUGGGAGCGUGGAGGCGGCUGCUCCCGCUGUGGAGGCUCAGUCCCCCGACGACCCGCCGGAGGAAGUCAAAGACCGAAGCAAGUGGAAAAUGUCCGUGAUAUACCUGUGUGUCUACGGGUUCAUGGCGUCCAUAAAGCCCGGGGAGCCUUUCAUCACACCUCUGCUGCUGAGCGACGACAAGAACUUCACCAUGCAGCAGGUGACGAACGAGAUCACCCCCGUGCUGACCUACUCCUACAUGGCCGUGCUGGUGCCCGCCUUCCUGCUGACGGACCUGCUGCGCUACAAGCCGGUCCUGAUCGUCCAGGGCGUCAGCCAGGCGGUCAUCUGGGUCAUCCUGCUGCGCGGCGACACGCUGCUGCAGAUGCAGUUCAUGGAGUUCUUCUACGGCAUCACCAUGGCCUGCCGCCUGGCCUACUCCUCCUACAUCUUCUCGCUGGUCAACCUGGCGCUCUACCAGCGCGUGGCCAGCUACUCGCGCACCUCCGUCCUCCUGGGGGUCUUCAUGAGCUCGGUGCUGGGCCAGCUGUGCAAGUCGGUGGGGCAGGUGUCCUACUUCACGCUCAACGCCAUCUCGCUGGGCUUCACCAGCUUCGGCCUGCUGCUCUCGCUGUGCCUCCCGUGGCCCAAGCGCUCGCUGUUCUUCAACCGGACCAAGGAGCAGGAGCAGAGCUACCAGGCGGCGCUCGCCAAGUCAGAACUGGACAGAAUGAACCCGAAGGAGGGCGCCCCCGCCCCCGCCUCCGCGUCCGCGUCCUGCUGGAAGGACUCUGUUUUCUUACAGAUGCUGCUGGAGCUGAAAAACGUGGCGAAGAGGCCCAAUCUGAGGCUGUGGUCCCUGUGGUGGAUCUUCAACUCCACGGGAUACUACCUGGUGCUGUUCUAUGUCCACAUCCUGUGGAGCAAGGUGCAGAAGGACCAGAAGGUCUACAACGGCGCCGUGGAGGCCGCGUCCACGCUACUCAGCGCCAUGACGUCCUUCACGGCGGGCUACGUGAAGAUCAAGUGGAACGUGUGGUCGGAGCUGGUGAUCGGCGUGAUCACGGCGGCGCAGGCGGGCCUGCUCCUCCUCAUGCAAACCACCAACAACGUCUGGGUGUGCUACGUGGCCUACGUCCUCUUCAGGGGCUUCUACCAGUUCCUGGUGCCCAUCGCCACCUUCCAGAUCGCCUCGUCGCUCACCAAGGAGCUGUGCGCGCUGGUGUUCGGCAUCAACACCUUCCUGGGGACGGUGCUGAAGAGCAUCAUCAACCUGAUCUUCUCGGACAAGAGGGGGCUGGGCUUGGACGUGCACGAUCAGUUCCUGGUCUACUUCUUCUACUUAACCAUUCUCACCCUCACCUACUUCACCUGCGCCGCCGUCGUCAUUUUCCGCCACUUCAGACGCCAGAGCGACGCAGGAGGAGGCGGCGGCGAGCAGGCCACACCCACGGAGCUGCUGCCGGUGCCGCUGGAUUCGGAGGAGCAGCCUCUGUCCAACGGGAACAGCGUCAAAGCGUGAAAGCGAGACGCCUGUCGGAGGAGGAGGAAGACGGGAAGUGCCUCACCCGCUGCGCUGCAGCGCUCAGACGAACUGGAAGUCUGGUUGGACAGAAACAUCCAGGGACCCUGAACAUCGCCGCCGCCGCCGCCGGC